UUUGAAGGGUUUCUGUCGCAUUUGUUUCAUAACAUUUCCAGUGCAAUAUUACGUGUUUGGCUGCAUUGAACUGGGUUCUUCAUCAUUUGGUGGAUUUCUUACUAGCGCACGCCAAAAUGUUUUGACUGUAACCAAAUAUCUUACGUAAGUCGGCAUUUGAUUGACUUGAAGGAUUUCGAAAGGUCUUGAUGAAAGACAUGAGUUGAAACAUGACGCACUCUUGUGCGAUCAGAUUUCCUUCCUGAAGCAGGAGGUUUCAGAGAUACAAGUAAAUAUCUACGACAUCGUUGCUUGAUACAGAUCAGAAUGUCAGAUGCAGAGGUACAGCGAAGCGAAAGCUUUACGAGCCGCGAAAUGGAAUCGGAAAUGGCAAGCGAUGCGGCGUUUGUAAGAAGGGACGAAGAAAUCUUCCAAGAAGUCAAAUCCAAAGAGACGGACUUCACUUUCAAGAUAAUGUGUGUUGGCGAUUAUACAGGCUUUGGCAAAAAGGGGGGCUUCGUGUCCGAUUAUAUACAACAUCGGCCGCUUAGCUUUUACCACAAGCCAACGAUCGGAGUCGACUUUUACUUGAAUUUUAUCAAAUGGAAUGAUAAAUCAACGAAGGAAGAAUACAGUGUCAAACUUCAGUUUUGGGACGUUGCCGAGCACGAACGAUUUCUCAAGAUGACCAGCGUUUUUUGUCGGAAUUGUGUCGGCGCUUUAGUGUUUUGGGGACCAAAAAGUCCUUCUCCACUUGGUAGUAUAUUAAAGUGGAGCGAGAAAAUCAAAGAAGCAAACCCAAAAGACGCCAAUAUACCUAUGGUCCUUGUCAUAGAGAACAUUCCUACAUCUAAACGAGGUAAGCCUGUUGACUGGAUCGGCCCCGGGAAAUUGAUCGAAAGCAAGGUGUUGUUGGACGAGUUCUGCGCUCGAAAUGGAUUCGCUGGCUGGUUUCAGCUCAUUUCAAGAGAAGGAGAGGGUUACACAGGUGUAAUGACCAAAGCGGUCGAUUGUCUCGUUCAAAGUAUUUUCAAACAACGAAAUCUUGGAAAGCGGUGACAUUGUUUCAACUUCCUGUGCGGAUCGUAUUGAAUGCAGGCCAAUUCAAUAAAGGACUUCCGGAUUAGUGUCAAAUUACCCUUCACGGUUUUGGAACAAUCCCGAGAUUAUAUUAGCGUAUUGUAAUGCAUCAGCCUGGUACUACAUGUACUCUAGUCUCUUCAAUGAACAGUUUGGUCUGGAAAUGCCUGGCAGAGACCUGUUAACUGCUUGGUGUUUAUAUUAAACUACUUGUUUAUCGCGUGACAUCUAUAUAAGUUGACAAUAUUGUUUAUCUGUCACAAGAAUAGCUCCUCAUUUCAUUUUCGAAUUAAAAUUUCAAAAGUAUAUUUGCUUAAACGGUAGAAACAAAACUAUGUUAAAAAUGGGAAGAAAUAUUGAAUUUUUAUCUCUAUCGAGUACGUAUUUUUUUUUUAAUCAAAUAUAAUUUCAAUACAAGCGUAAACAGGCUAACCAGCUAAAGAAAAGUUAAUUUCGUCUGUCGUCUUGCAUUCAAGGAUCAUUCAAACAAAUCAAAUGCGCUCAUGAUACCACGUGAUUGGUUACCUUACUAAUCUGAUGACUGGCCUGCCAAAUAUAACUUAAGGAAACUUCUAUUAAUAGUAAGCGAUGAAGUUCUGAUCUUCGGCAGUCAAAAUGUACAGACUCAGAAGAGACUGUUGUAUUGUUAUUCAGAUAAAACUAAACCAACAGACCGUCUAGACCGAAAAUAAGUAGAAUCGGAAAUUCGUCGAGUGCUGGAAAGAAGUUUUCCCACUUCUGGCAAAUCCUUCCUUCAAUAAACUAGAAUCGCGGAAAAGGGACAAAACCUUACGUAAACAAAUAGACAACUUAAGAUUGAAGGUCAAGGUCCUUUUAGCUAGGGUUUUAAUAGUCCGCAGAGGUCCCCAGUUUGAAUUUCUUGUCUGUGAUCGUGCAAAAAAUUUAGGUAAUCCUCAGUUAUCCUUCAACAUAUGGAUUACCGUAUAAGGAUGCGUUACCGUAACAGGGGUCGAGAACAGGGUCAGUUUUAAUUAAACUUUUGAACGAAGUAAGCUUUCAUCUCAUUUCUUUUUAUUUUCUUCCGAAAUAGAACACCAUAUUCCAACAGA